CGCUGACGUCUCGAUGGCAGGGAGAGAAAAAGAGUUCUCACUCUGCAGUGUUUUCCAGAAUUCCGCACUAAAUUUCUUUCUGAUGGAAUAGUGCACUACUGUUUUUUGGUUUCUUUUAAAUAUUUUUUCUUCUUCUUUAUAAGCCGACUGUUUGCUUCCUAAUAUCCUUAGUGAGUUGACAACAACAUAACUCCCGAUUCACCACACAAAGUGAAGGCGCCUUCUUGCAUUAGACGAACUUCGUACUUCGAUUCAUCUUGCCCUUCCUGCUAUCUGAUAAUAACAGCAAUGGCGGCUGCUGCAAGACUGUUUAUCCGAGGUGCCCACUCAACACUUGCUAUCUCUGGCGUUGGUACCGGGAAGCAGAGUUCUUUACUCACACUGUCGGCAGGUUGCAGCUCCCGUUUAAAAGCGCAAAGACAUGUCGCUCACUUUACCUUCCAGCCCGACCCCCCCACGACGGAAUAUGGUGCCACACAGAAGAUGAACUUGUUCCAGUCGAUUACAAGUGCCUUGGACAACACGCUUGCUAAUGAUCCGACAGCAGUCAUCUUCGGGGAAGACGUCGCCUUUGGAGGAGUAUUCCGAUGCACAGUUGGCCUGCGGGACAAAUACGGUAAGGACAGAGUCUUCAACACUCCUCUUUGUGAGCAGGGGAUUGUGGGAUUUGGCAUCGGUGCAGCUACUGCCGGUGCCACAGCCAUUGCUGAGAUCCAGUUUGCCGACUACAUCUUUCCAGCAUUUGACCAGAUUGUGAAUGAAGCUGCUAAGUACCGCUACCGUUCGGGGAACCUGUUUGACUGCGGGAACCUCACCAUCCGGGCCCCAUGGGGCUGUGUCGGCCACGGAUCCUUAUACCACUCACAAAGCCCCGAAGCCUUUUUUGCCCACUGCCCUGGUAUUAAAGUUGUAAUACCUCGCAGUCCACUUCAGGCCAAAGGGCUGCUGCUUUCAUGCAUUGCUGACAACAACCCAUGUUUAUUCUUUGAGCCCAAGAUUCUGUACAGAGCAGCAGUGGAGCAGGUUCCAGUCGAUUCCUACACCAUCCCUCUCUCGCAAGCUGAGGUCCUACAGGAAGGAAGUGAUCUCACGCUGGUUGCCUGGGGGACACAGAUCCACGUGUUGAAGGAGGUUGCCAACAUGGCUCAGGAGAAACUGGGGGUUUCCUGUGAGGUCAUCGAUCUGAGGACCAUCCUGCCCUGGGACACUGAAACCGUUUGCAAGUCGGUGGCGAAAACUGGACGUUUGCUCAUCAGUCACGAGGCGCCAGUAACAGGAGGAUUUGCUGCUGAAAUCAGCUCUACAGUACAGGAGGAGUGCUUUCUUAACCUGGAGGCUCCUAUAGCCAGGGUCUGCGGGUACGACACCCCGUUCCCGCACAUCUUUGAGCCCUUCUACAUCCCAGACAAGUGGAAGUGCUUCGAUGCAAUCAAGAGGAUGAUCAACUACUAAAGUCCUGUCAGGGCCAGCUUCUGGUGGACGUGAACUCCACACCCUCUCCCUGCCUUUUAGACUUCAGACAUCCAACCAGGACAGAGCGGUGAAAAACAAACAACA